GUAGGCAGCCAGUCUGAGCUGACCCACAGACUCAUAAAAGCCAACAGGGCCUCGGGCACCCCGCACUCAGGACACCCAACCUCUUGGAUCAAAGGCGCAAGGACUCGCUCACAUCAAGGAUCCAGCUGCUUUCGUGGGGACCAAGAAACUCAGUUUUUGACUCAAUAUUCUGUCAAGCAAUCCAUGAGAUCAAGGCGUUGACAGAAAGAAUGUUCAAACAUCUUCGGAAAUGGUUCGUCACUCGCUUUUUUGGGCAUUCUCGGCGAAGAACGAGGCUGGUUUCCAAAGACGGAAGGUGCAACAUCGAGUUUGGCAAUGUGGAGGCACAGACGAGGCUGAUCUUCUUUGUGGACAUCUGGACUACCGUGCUUGACCUCAAGUGGAGAUACAAGAUGACCAUCUUCAUCACGGCCUUCCUGGGGAGCUGGUUCCUCUUUGGUCUCCUGUGGUACGCCGUGGCCUAUAUUCACAAAGACCUCCCUGAGUUCCAUCCAUUUGCCAACCACACCCCUUGUGUGGAGAAUAUUAAUGGUCUGACCUCGGCUUUUCUGUUUUCUCUGGAAACGCAAGUGACCAUUGGGUAUGGAUUCAGGUGUGUGACGGAGCAGUGCGGCACUGCCAUUUUCCUGCUUAUCUUCCAGUCUAUACUUGGAGUCAUCAUCAAUUCCUUCAUGUGUGGUGCCAUUUUAGCCAAGAUCUCCAGACCCAAAAAGCGUGCGAAGACCAUUACCUUCAGUAAGAACGCGGUGAUCAGUAAGCGGGGUGGAAAGCUUUGUCUCCUAAUUCGAGUGGCUAAUCUUAGGAAGAGCCUCCUCAUCGGCAGUCACAUAUAUGGGAAGCUUCUGAAGACCACAGUCACUCCCGAGGGAGAGACCAUUAUUUUGGACCAGACCAAUAUCAACUUCGUAGUUGACGCUGGGAAUGAAAAUUUAUUCUUCAUCUCCCCGCUGACAAUUUACCACAUCAUCGAUCACAACAGCCCCUUCUUCCACAUGGCAGCAGAAACCCUUCCCCAGCAAGACUUUGAAUUAGUGGUGUUUUUAGAUGGCACCGUGGAAUCAACCAGCGCUACCUGCCAAGUCCGGACAUCCUAUGUCCCAGAAGAGGUGCUUUGGGGCUACCGUUUUGCUCCCAUAGUAUCCAAGACCAAGGAAGGGAAGUACCGAGUAGAUUUCCAUAACUUUAGUAAGACAGUGGAAGUGGAUACCCCUCACUGUGCCAUGUGCCUUUAUAAUGAGAGAGAUGCUAGAGCCAAAAUGAAGAGAGGCUAUGACAACCCCAACUUCAUUUUGUCAGAAGUCAACGAGACAGAUGACACUAAAAUGUAACAGUGGCUUUUCCACACGAGUACAGUGAUGUUUUGAACAUGCAUAGUGACUAGAAGCAUUACAAAGCAAUCAACAUUUUGGAGGUAUGAAAGUAGACAAAAGCUUUCCAAGUCCACCAGCACAAUGCCCUUGGAGUCCAUAACCAUGAUCCUACAAGACACGCGGCUGUACAAGCCUAGGGCAUUAGAACAUGCAUUGUAUGUGCGGGGGGCUGGAACGCAGAAGUCAUGGGAGCUCACUUGGAACUUGAAUAUGAUUACCGGCAUUUGAAAUCAUGCAGUGUUGAUAGGAACAGACAAAAUCAUCAAAAGUUUCAUGAGAUCAAAUGAGAUCUUUUUAAAAGUCUCCUUGAAGAAGGUAUACAUAGGAUCAGGGAAAACCAUAUUGUCAUUUUGAUUCUACAAUAAUAAAUAGGUCACUUUG